UUACACAAUAAGAAUAAACCCUAGUCUCUCAUAAAGCAGAUUUGCAGCCAUUAGAGUUACCAUUCCGCUCACUGCUCAGAGGCGGCAGCAACAACUCAUCCACCGAAAAUGACUUUCAAGAGAAGAAAUGGAGGUCGUAACAAACAUGGACGUGGCCAUGUCAAAUUCAUCCGUUGCUCCAACUGCGGCAAGUGCUGCCCUAAGGACAAAGCAAUCAAGAGGUUCCUUGUGAGGAACAUUGUUGAACAAGCAGCAGUGAGGGAUGUUCAGGAAGCUUGUGCUUUCGAAUUGUACACUCUUCCUAAGCUGUACUUGAAGAUGCAAUAUUGUGUCUCAUGUGCCAUUCACUCCAAGGUUGUUAGGGUCCGCUCUCGUACUGAUAGGAGGGUCCGUGAGCCUCCACAGCGUUUCAGACGCCCAAGGGACGAUCUCCCCAAGGCUGGUCAAGCUCCACGCCCAGCUGGAGGGGCUCCUCCUGCUGCUGCUCGUACUUGAGUGCCUGCAUUUUGAUCAACUGCUAUUAUGCCUUUGGGUUUUUGUUUAAUUUGAGCGAAUCUAUGGUAUUUUGAGAUGUGUUUUUGAAGUGGAUUUUUUUUAAUUUAGUUUACUUUGAACAAUCAUUAAAUUUGUGCAUGCAAAUUUCAAGAAAACAGGCAUGUGGUUCUAUCUUAUUACUUAUAUAGUCAUUACAAUUAAACUCUAUUUAAACAUUAA